AUGGUCGAAAUUCUGGGAUUGAUAAAGCGUAGGGUUUUGGAGAUCAAAACCCUGUGGGAGUUUAGGAGUUUGCAGAGGAGUGCAGAGGUUUCAGAUUUGUUUGUUGAAGUCUUGAGGAGCGGCAUUUGCUUGAGACACCUAGAUCAUAAAAUUGUCCCCAUUGACAAUAUAGCCACAAUACGGACUCAAAACGCAAAAUCACUUGGAUUCCUAAAGUUAAAUGACAUGAUGGAUCUCAAGUUCUCAACCUUCAUAAGCCCGUUUGGAAGUAAAUCUACAAGCAGCAUAUUUCUGUUGAUGGCAAAUUUCUACAAAGCCUGCAUCUCUACAUUAACUCGUUCUCCUAAAUUAAGUGUUGCUGAUUGUUGGCUGGCAUUCGAGGCGUUCAUUUCUUGGACGGGAGGCGGAUUGACUAUCGUCAUAGGCAUUGGAGUGUCGUCUGAUAGGCGGCUUCUCAGUUCCCUGUGCUCUUGGCAUAUGGCACACCAGUGCAAACAGCACGACUGUCUGACUAUGCCAGUAUAUAUUCCGCACAUCCACCAACUGAAAAACAGUCCCUCAGUUAUCAGGCAUAUAGUCCUUGGGUCAAUUAAACCGUGCAGUGCUGCUGUCCCCGCAGCAAAGGCAAGUUGCUACUCGUUGUCUUGCUUGACUUGUCCUGCUCAAUAUAGACGACCAAAAAUUUCACUCAAGAUAAUAGGAUCUUACAACUUUCCGGGUCUUGAGCACAUUCAAAAAUCCCUGUAUUCCAAGGUUCAUCUGCAGGAGCUCGAUAGCUUUCUGGCAAUGGCUGUCCACAUUCAUUGCACUUGGGGACGUGCAACUGCAUUAUCAGCCAACAAAGGAUCUAAGUUCUCAAUGGAAUGA